UGCAAGAAUAAUAGAAAAAAAGCGAUAGAAGAGGAAUCAUAAAAACAGAGGGAGAAAAAGACGUGUGAGCGACAUGUGUCUGUGUUGAGAAUUCUAUCCGCAAAAGUACGGUGGCCCAGGGUGCGCCGAGAGAGAAGAUCGGUAGCAUUCUCCUUUCCUAUAUCCGAUACUUUCUCGUCGUCUACACGGGACUAUCGAUGCAGACCUUACGGAAGAAAAACAGUCCGUGCAAGUUCAAGAACGAACCAACCCGAUUUCUAGGGGAGGGUGUGUCGUUCAAAGCGAAAUUGAUUGGCAUAUUGGAAGUAUCGGAAGCACGCGGGGACCGGAUGUGCCAAGCAGCUUUGGCGGAUCUGAAGAUGGCGAUUCGAGCUGCUGGCGAACACAAACAACGAAUCGCCGUCCAGGUCAGCAUCGAUGGAUUACGCUUGCGGGACGAAAAGUCUGGGGACUGUUUGUAUCACCAUCCUGUACAUAAGAUAUCGUUUAUCGCGCAGGAUAUGAGCGAUUCGCGAGCUUUUGGAUACAUUUUUGGAUCACCAGACACUGGUCAUCGUUUCUUCGGCAUCAAGACAGAUAAAGCAGCAAGCCAAGUGGUAAUCGCGAUGCGAGACUUGUUUCAAGUGGUGUUCGAGUUAAAAAAGAAGGAGAUCGAGUUAACGAAGCAGCAUUUAGAACAGAACGCUAUAAACGUUAUUAAAUUUCAUACCACUGGCAUCUUUGUCGAACCUACCCCUGAUACUAAAGGUGCAGCAGGAUCAGAAUCUUCUCUUCAUCGGGUAAGGAAUACUAAUUCGGAGGUAGACAAGUCAGCUGACAAACGAAACGAGUCCCCAAUAAGGGAUAAUCCCGUAAUAAGGGAUUUAUUAGAUUUACAAUUCGAAUUGAACUCUCUGCAGCAAGGUAUCCAUCACAUGGACAAAAUUACCCCUGAAAAUCCACCACCUUCCACUGACGAUCUCUUUGAAACCGAUCCAUUUGGCGAUUCCUUUGCGAAUAUGAAGCUGGAAGAUACUGUGAGACCAAUUCUACCACCACCACCCUCAUCUUCCAAAAGAGGCCACCUAGAGCGACAGCAAACCAUUCCAGGCGCCCAAUCGUCAAUCACGUCUAGUCCAGCGACCACAUUGACUAGUAAAACUCCUCCACUUCAAAGUACCAUUCAAUGGUUCGACAAGGAAACCGAGAAUCUAUUCAGUGACAGCGAGCUCACAAACUCGACCAAGAAUAAUACACCGGUUAAAAAAGAUGUGGAAGAGACUCAAGCCAAGAGUCCACAGAUAGACGUUUUCACGGAGUUGGAUCCAUUAGGAACUGGUUUAAUCAAACCCUACGUGGACAAAAAAGACUUUUUCCAACACUUGAAGAAUCCUCCCAAGAAGGUGCUAAAAGAUUUAGUGUCUACUAACUCGGCGGAUACGUUCCCAACGAACUUUAACGUUCUCUCGGAACCACUAGAGUCAGUGAAACCACGAAACGAUGUGGCCGCCAAAGAAAAUCAAUUCGAGGACAGCAAUUUUGCGAAUUUCGAUCGCUUCGACGAGAACGAGGCGAUCCAAUCAGUUUUCGCGCGUACUGACUCGUGCAGAAGAACAGAUAUCACGCCUAAACUGGCUCAUCAUCAACCUCUUUCCGUGUCUCUUCCUCCUGAAGACACUUCCACCCCAAAGUCCUCGACCAUCCCGACCUCUGCAGGCGUCUCUCUACUUACAAGAAUGGAAAAAGACUCUACAGAGUCUAUACACGGCCUGGUAAAGCUUCCUAGUCCCAUAAAAUCGACUCGCAAAAAAGAAUUCGACGUAGACAUAUCUGGUAACAAAGCGCAAUCCAUGGACAAGACAUUCCCUGUCGACUUUUCAGCAACCAAUGAAUCACCAGCUUCUCCGUUAAAAUCCUGUUCCUCAGAUGCUAACUCUAGACUGUCAAGUUCGUCCGCCGAAUUGGAACUCGUACCUGAACCUCCUCCUCGAGGGAUCGCCAAUAUUCUGAUCAAUCCACCACCUCUGCCGCCGAAGAAACAAGGAGUUAGAGCUAUGAUAAAGCCUCCUCCAAGACCACCGCAUACUGAGACCUAUUUCCAUUACGAUUUCCCUGAAAGAGAGUCCGAAGUGACCAAAGACAGAAGUAAAAGCCCGUUGAAGGAGCCGAAGAGCCUCCAAUCUGAUGACAAUUUCAGUCCGCCUGUACAAAUAUCAAAUAAGUCUGAGUUGAUAAGCGCGAUGACCACGUCGACAUUCGAAGAUUCAUUCAGCUCUAUGGUACCUACCACGAAUUUAUCCACCUUUUUUACAUCGACCAGUGCGACUACUGGACCCAAAAGGACGAAACCUUCUUUGGAUAUCACGUUGAGCCAAUUAACGUCUGCUAAUUUAGAUGAAUUGGCUAACAGUUUAGGUAUGACCGUUAAAGAGUUAACUAGUUUGACUCUUCAGCAGUUGACCGAAUGUUUGGCUACCUUAUCAGCCAAGGAAGCUGCAUCCAGCGACACAGAAGAGCCAGUUUCUAUGAAGCAAGAACCAGCAACUGUUGUCCAACCGCAAUCAAUGUCUGGCACGAUUCAUUCGAGACCGUUCAACGAGCCACAACCUUUCACACUUUCAAAGAGCUUUGAACAGGAGACCAAACAGGAUACUACCUAUGAUAAAUACGCUGUUUUUAGGGAAUUGUUCGAGCUAGAGCAGAUGGAGAAGAACGAAGAAAGUACGACGAAAGAGUCUACCGAAGAGGAAACGUCUUCAGUGAAGAAGGAAGAAUUCGAGAUAGUUAACCAACAGCAUGAGACUAAUGAGGAGAGUAGAUCAGAUACAUUGGCCACUUUAGUGAAUCUAACAGUGAAACUUCCACCUAGCAAUGAGGAUCUGACUAAAGAAGAACCAAGUGCAAAGCCUGAGGAAAAAAUAGAAUCUUCGAAUAUGUUUGAGAAGACUCAAUCAAUUGAAUCAGAGAGUAAAGCAGAACCAAUGAUAGAAUCUGAAGUAUCCACAGACUUGUUGUCAAAACAACCAGAAGAAGAGGAAUCUGAUAAAACUAAACCUAUAGUGGAAAUUGAAGAGAAAAUGGAGGAAACCGAGUCUGAAAAACCUAGUGAUUCCAAUGAGGAUUCCGAUAAGCCAGUUACAGAAAAAACGGAAGAAACGAAUGGUUCAUUAGCAGUGGAUAAAGUUGAAGUGAAACCCUCCGCAUCUAUAUCCAGCGACAAAUAUGCUGCUUUGCGCGAAAUCAUUGGUGAACCAGAGCCUCCUGUCAAACCAACUGAAGAAGAUACACCAACCUCCACCAGAAUGUCUCCUGUGGUCCAAUUACCAGCUCAAUCCAAGCCCUCGGCCGAGGUGGAGCUGUUAAAUCUAUUUUCCGACACGCCUCCUCCUUCCAGCCCUAAGAAACAGUCCAAGAAAGAGGAAGACACAGGGAUGAGUAUGGACAUCUUCGAGGAGAUCAAAAUGUUGAGUACCAGUGGUCAGCCAACAAAGACUAAGUCGCUGAUCCCCGAAGACAUCUUCUGCCCGUUCACGGAAUUGAAACCGGAGAGAGAUGAAAGCAAAGACGACAGCAACUGGACCAAGUUCGAUACAGGUCUCUUCGUAUCGGACAGACCACCUUCGGAGUGUCCUCCUUCGAUCAGUGGCACUUCGCCCUGGUCCCCCGACGGCAAAGAGUUCCACAGAGAGUCUUCUUUCAAAGGUAGCGUGUAUCAGCAAUCGGGCGACAGCGACAACGAGUGGAAGGACGAGGAAGAAAGCGAGGAGAGCAAUGGGAGGAUACGAGAUCCCAGAUUCAGAUGUAGUCACUAUCCCAGAUUCGACGGUCCUUUUGGAGACAGAGGUUUCUACGAAGAGACGGGAUCCAAACGUGACAGGGGGUUCCGAGAUAGGAUGAUGGAGGACAGGAAGUCUCGUGACGCGGCCUGGAUCAAGAACACCGGGCACAGACCUAGGGAUUCCUCUCCCUGGCACGACGAGAGUCAAUGGGAGAAAGAGUCCAAACACUAUCCCCACAGAAAGAUGCAAUACAAGGAUGAAGAUGAGCAUUACGAGACUCACUGGAAGUGUAGAUCUAAGCCUCAACGUUGGAACUGGCCGCACGAGCACGGACCGUUCUACGACGACGAGAGAAAGAGAAAGAUGAUGCUAUGGAAGGAAGACAGGUUUGGCAGUCAGGAAAGUAUGGGGUACGACGACGACGACAGGUGGUCCAGGAGGAAAUACGAGAGAAGAAGGUGGCCGGAAGAGGACGCCAGAUUCUGGAACAGAAGGACAGCAGGUCCACCCGACUCAGAUUACCCUAGCAGGGAUUACUAUUACUACAGAGAAGCUAGAGAGCGAUCACACGAUUAUCCAUCCGCCUGGAACGAAGACUACGGUUCGGAUCGACCCGGGGAUGAUUCACCAAGGUACAAUCAGUCUGGUAGAAAGAGGCACUGGCCCAAGAGACCGAACAGUGCGAACGAGGGGCGCAACAUUGACAUGAUUUACGGCGAGUCUCGAAGCAAAUUCGGCACCUCCAGAUCCGAGUGCAACGACAACGACUCCGACCCUUACAUACGAUCCUCUCAACGUUCCAGGAGUCGUCAGAGUUAUUGGGGCAGCGACCAGGAGUACGACAGUUGGGUGGAGAGGCCCUAUUGGUCCGAGGAGCCGGAUACGAAGAGCGAAAGUCUGCAUCGGAAGAGAGUAGCCAGGCACAAACCUCGUCAACCUCACGUCAAGACCCAGAGCCCGUUCGAGGACGAUUUCGCCCAAAGCGUGGAGCACAUAGACCCCUCGACCACGGAAUCUCUGACCCCGGUCGAGCCACCGAGGAUCCGUUCCGAGGGAAGCGAUCAGAAACCAUCGCCGCAGAGUCCUUCCUUCUCCACGAGAUAUUCGAAAGUAGCUAGGAGGGGGAUGGAGGAAGUGUACAGCAAGAGAUCAAGCUACUUCGAGGACGACUUGCCAUUCACCGCCACAGCGAUGAGCGAUUCAUCCGAUCGGCAGAGGCUACCCUCAGAUCAGAAACAGACGCCUGAAGAUGUUCCUUCCUGCGAGGCUAAGGACGCGCCGCCCGACGACUUCGUUUCCGGGGACGGCAGCCGUGAUUCCUUCUUCAAUGGACACCUGAGAUACGAUGACGACGCGUUCGCUUUCAAAGCGGAAAUGGAGGACAACGUGUCCGAUCAUCGAGCCACCACCUUACCGUUGAAGAACCACAACCGACAGGGGAAAUAUUCCGCGGGUAGCAACAACAAUAACAACAACAAUAAGUCUAGAAACGACCAACACAUAAGGAAGUCGGAGUCGGUGAAUAUAUUCGUGAGGGAAAGCGAUCCGUUUGGCGACGACGAUUUCUUCGAUUGAUGGGUUGUUCGGGGAGUGUUGGACAGGCACCGUGAUCGGUAUUCAGGGGAUGCUUCCGAUUUUUCGGAAUUGAUGUCGGUGGCGGGAUGAUUCGACGGGGUGCGUUUCCUUUUUUCUGUCCAAAAACGUACCAACCUAUCAUCCAUUUAUAGCCCGCGAACUAUAGAAAUGAACAAUUGUAUCAUCCAUGUUUUUCUUUGGUUCGCUUCAAACUGUGGUUGAGGCAAUAGGUAUUGGCUGAUCGAGGUCAGGUUAGGAGAUGGGGUUUAGCGUAGUGUUCUACUUAUAGUGGAACUGUGGAGCAUUUAAAGACUGAUUCGUUGGUAAAUGGUAGAGUUUUGUUCAAGUUGAUCAAUGUGAGCUUGCUGUUUUUUAAAGUUGUGAAUGUUCUUUCAAGCAAAAUCAAGAUUGUAUCUGAAAGUUGCUAGAAUAAGAGUUGCUAAGAAAAUAUAUAAUGUUAUUUAAAA